AUGUCUGUUCAUAACCAAAUCCUGACUAUUUAUACUAGGGAUGCUGAAAAUAACAUUAGUACUUCUAGUGGGAAAUACUCUGCCAUUUUUAACAACUCCUGGGAUCAAAUUGGUGAAUUGUCAGAGCCUGUGAUUAAUGAGUUUGGUGUCUCUGAAAGAACGGCCCCUAUAGAGGCCUCCAUGGCUAAAAAGUUUAUUGGUACUGAUUUGGCUCCAUACUUUGAGUUGUCUGAAGAUGAUGAAAACUACAGCCCUCUCAUUAAGUUUUGUGAAAUUAAGCUUCCCAAUGAAAAUCAGGUGCGUGGGUUGGCAAUUGCUGAUAUUAACAAAACCACGUUUGGAAAAUGGUUUAUGGCUCAUAUUCUUCACUACUCUGAUAUUGGUUUUGGUGAUGUAGUUUCCGAGCCUGGUGUCAACAACUACACAAAGCUUAUCACCGAAUUGUUUGACAAAGAACUUCGCAACGUUACACGUGAUGACAAAUGGGAGGAAUGUGGGAAAGCUUAUUUUGAAAAAACUGUCAACUUCUUCACCUCAAGAAACCUCAGAAUUGAAGCUUGUCUUCCUGCUUUCCCUGCCAAAUCAACAAACACAAAUAAAGUUGCUGGUAUCAAUCCUGAUAAAGGCGAAGAAUUGGCUCUUCGCAGAUUAACUGAAAUAAUUUCUUUGGCCUCCAAGGUUUAUCCUCCUGGUAUCAAAAUUUGGAUUAUCAGUGAUGGUCAUGUCUUUAGUGAUUGUGUUGGUAUUGAUGACUCUGUUGUUGACCUUUACGGCAAGAAGCUUAAAGAAAUGAAGAAUGAAAUUGCUUCUGACGAGUUCAUUGACUUUCGUUCUUUGCCCCAAAUCUUGACCAAUGAGACUCACGAGUUCGACCAGACCUUAGUUGAGGAUGUUGUCAUUCCUCAUUAUUUGGAAACAGAAAUUGAGGACAGUUCUGAGCUUUGUCGAAAAAUCAUGAUGACUGGCUGCCAUACAAGUGAUGAGAUUCUUCGUAAUCUUAUUGAUACUCAGAACCCAGCCAAGCUUGCUCUUUACCGUGGCUUUACAAAGUUUAUGGAAGAAGAUUUAGCUCUCCAUAUAACAUUCAUUAAAAAGGGAACAAAAAAGGGGUGCAAAAAGAUUGCUCAAAAGUGCGCCUUUGAGAUGAUUAAGCGCAACGAAGCUUAUUCAAAUUUGGUUGAACUUAUGUUCCCCCAUCAUCUUCGACUUUCUAUCCAUGCCCAUUGCAAUAGUGGACCAAAGUUUGGAAUUAAGCUUUUGUCGACCAAGGAGUGCCAUCCCAUCAAGUCGCUGGAUGAUGAGUCGACGCCCACCUUUGAUGACCUUCUUCAUAUUCCGACGCCGUGGCACAAUUGCAUCAUUAAAGUUGAGGGCGAGCCGCAAUUCUUUGCAGCAAAGUCACAGGUAGCUCAUGAUGGUAUAAAAAGUGGCAAGUAUGAGGGAGAAUGGGUUGAAGGAACUACUGGAAAUGGAGGUUAUUAUAAGUUAAAAAAAAGGGAGUCUUUGGACACUUCAUCAUCCACCUUGCUUUUGGAAAAGCCCUCAGCUAUGGUUUCAAUUCAAAUCAAAAGCAUUAAUUAA